GCUUCUGCAGAAACCACCGCCUGGAGGUACAGCACGGAUCUGUAGCCUGUGUGCAUGAAAUCUUGUGGGAAACACUGUACUUGAUUUAAUACGGGAAUUGGGAAUGGUGAUAGCGUUCUGUAAAUAGAACUGGGAAACUGCAGAGUGAAUAGUUUUCCGUUUAUAGGUCGGUUAAUUGCUGGCACUUAUAUUCAACAAAAGCCGCUCGUCUUCACUCAAACCACUACGGACGGAGUCGGGGAAACUUUCGGUGAGAGGGAAUCUCGAUCUCUGGAUUCCCCUACAAUGAGGAAAUUCUGAGGUGGCAGUCUUCAGUCAGCUAAGCACUCCUUGGCUGUUACUAAGGGAUAGCUCAUGAACCGGUAUCCUCUAGCGUGGAAUUCUGUUUUCACUUAGAACUCUGCUGCUUGGACAAAUGCAUACAAAUGCAUUUAGGAGCCCAACGGACAAGGAGUGGAAACAUUUCUCCUACGGCAAAAACGAGAACCCUCCUCCUGCUCGUCUCAAUAUGCACAGCAUUACUGUUUGCACAAGCGCACUCUCAAGCACAAGGUGUAGAUAUUCUUCAACAGCUGGGCCUUACAGGCAACAAAGAGAGAUACGCUUCAGGGGAGACUGUCCUUCCAUUAUUGUCUCCUUCACCACCUCCUCAGGGCGUCCUUGUUUCAGAGGCUGGAGUUGUUCUGCAGAAAUCUGCAUACAUCGAAGGCUCCACCUCCAGGCUCCUUGCUGAGAUUGGAGAGGAGUUCACCGUUGUUGUUAGCCUAAGCUCCUGGCGAGCGAACAAUGCUUUCCUUUUCAGCAUUAAGGAUGGCAAAAGCAAACUGCAGUUUGGUAUUCAGCUCUUGCCAAAGAAGGUGGUGGUAUACACUGCUGAGAAGACAUCUGUCUACUUUAAGUACAAUGUGCACAACGAGCAGUGGCAUUCCUUUGCCAUUGGUGUCCGUCCACGGUCUGUGUCCUUCCAUGCGGACUGUGGGGGUGUGCAUUACAGUGAAGAAACUCUAUCCAGGCCUCAGAAGCUGGAUUCUGAUGGCCUGUUCACCCUAGGAAGGAUGAACUUGAAAGCUGUCCAGUUUGAAGGUGUGAUAUGCCAGCUGGACAUCUACCCCUCAGCACAGGCAGCCACUCAUUAUUGCGACUAUGUUAAAAAGCAGUGCCGUCUAGCUGAUACCUAUCGAUCGUCCUCACCACCCUUGAUCACAAUACCAGAUGGGCCUUUAGCAUCAAACUCCCCGUUUUCAGAAUCCCAAACCAGGCCGACAGUUCCAUCAGACUCCUGGACACAGAGAAUCACUUCUCAGCCAGGAUCCACCUCUACCACUAGCUUUGAGUCCUAUGGAACACAUCACCAGCAUUUGAAACCAACAUCAUCUUUGCCUGAUCUUACAGCCAGCCCUGAGACAUCAACGCUGCUGCAGCGACUCAGGACACAGGCAGCCGAUUCUUCCACCAAGUCUGUCACCAUGCAGACAACAUCGGGCAUCGAACCCAGGAGUACAACUGCUUCGGCAGGUCCAGAGGGGAACCCAUCUGAGAAUAACACAGAGAAUGAGCAUCUCCUUGGCAAUCCCAUGGCCAUGGAUAACUCCUCUUUCCCGAUUAAGGAGGGUCAAAAAAAUAUCAGCAGACCUCUACAGCCCACGGAUGAACUGAUGGAGGUGCAGCUGAAAGUCAACACUACUUUGUAUCGUGAGAACCAAUACCACGUGGACAACUCAGAGGAACACAGUUAUGAAAAAGCUUAUGAUGUUGAUAUGGGAAAUUAUGACUAUGGCUAUGAAGAAGCAGACUACUCCUAUUAUGAUGGGCUCCCGGGGCCGAAAGGAGAACCAGGUCCUCCGGGUCCUGCAGGUCCCCCUGGCUUGCCCGGGUCUUUCGGAAGAAGAGGACCUCGAGGCCAACCUGGUCUCCCUGGAAGCCCUGGCCUACCUGGUCUACCAGGGCUCAAGGGUUCCAAGGGCGAUCCAGGACUAUCUCCAGGUCAGGCCCCAUCUGGAGUGAAGGGUGACCCAGGUCUUCCUGGUCCAACUGGUCCCACUGGAUUCCUAGGUUCACCGGGUUCCAAAGGGUAUCCUGGACCACCAGGCCUGCCAGGAGAACAGGGCAUCCCAGGACUCCCGGGCCUGGCUGGGGCGGCAGGUUACCCUGGCAGGCAGGGAUUGGCUGGGCCAGAAGGUAACCCAGGUCCUAAAGGUGUACGAGGCUUCAUCGGUCUUCCGGGUGUGGCAGGACCACCUGGCCUGGACGGGGAAAGAGGCAUUCCUGGCCCCACUGGAAAGAAAGGCCCUAAAGGAAGACAGGGUGUUGUUGGUGGUGUUGGUGAAAGGGGACCUCCUGGUCCAGAUGGCGACCAAGGGCCGAUUGGCGGAACUGGCAGUGGGGGAUUUCCUGGGCUGAGGGGUGACGUUGGGCCUGAGGGACCUCGUGGAAUGACUGGCAUAAUGGGACCUCAGGGCCUGACUGGAGGUUCAGGGCAGCCUGGAAUGAAAGGUGAUAAGGGUCAACCUGGAUUAAUGGGCGAGCCAGGAGAGUAUGGUUACCAAGGUGACAAGGGAGCAGCGGGCUUGCCAGGACCACCAGGAAUACGAGGAAAACCAGGACCACCUGGGAAAAUGGGUGAGAUAGGACCACAGGGGCCUGCUGGCCCUCCAGGACCGCAGGGUUUCCCUGGAGAUAUCGGUACACCAGGUCCCAAUGGCCCACCAGGUCCAAAGGGUCUUCAAGGUUCCAGAGGGCCACAGGGGCCACCAGGGCCAAAAGGAAUAGAGGGUGAUGAGGGACCCCUUGGUCCGCCUGGAAGUCCCGGACCAACUGGAAGACCAGGAAGGAAAGGUUACGUCGGAGAGCCUGGGCCAGAAGGACUGAGGGGGGAAACGGGGGACCCUGGGAACGCAGGAAAAAGUGGACCACAAGGGCCAGUGGGCUUAAUUGGAAUUGCCGGGGUGAUUGGAGUUCACGGUGAAAAGGGAGACCGAGGUCCAGGGGGUCCUUUGGGUCCUCCUGGAGAGAAGGGAUCCAGGGGGUAUCCGGGUGUACCUGGAGGUUCUGGCGAUGUCGGACCCCAAGGUUUACCUGGACCACAGGGGCAGAGAGGAACAGCAGGGAUCCCAGGACCGAAGGGCAGAAGAGGACCACGAGGUCCGGAUGGUCUUCCAGGAGAGCCUGGGCCACAAGGAACUAAGGGAGAACGGGGUGGGACUGGAAAAAAAGGAAAACCCGGAUUAACAGGGAAAGAUGGACGUCGAGGAGAGAGAGGCCUGCCAGGGCCACCAGGUAAACCCGGUAUUCCCGGCAGUAGCGGGGAGAGAGGAGCCCACGGGGAACCAGGCCCUAGGGGACCACAGGGAGAGGCAGGACCUGACGGCGAGCUAGGCCUUGAGGGACCGCCUGGCCCUGAGGGGGAGUCUGGUGCUAUGGGAGAACCUGGGCUCAAGGGAGAAGUUGGGGAACCUGGAAAUGAAGGAGAGCAGGGACAACAAGGAAUGAGAGGUCCCCCUGGCCCUGUUGGAGAAGAGGGUGUUCAAGGGAAAGAUGGGCACAAGGGGGAACCAGGGGACCGUGGGCCUAUGGGAGAAUCUGGGGACAAAGGUGAAGCAGGAGAUCCUGGGCUGCUUGGUCCUGCUGGUGAACCUGGAAAACGUGGCUUUCUUGGUCCUGAAGGAAAGCAAGGACUUCCUGGCACCCGGGGACGACAUGGAAAGAAGGGUGAGAAGGGACCCUCGGGACACGCUGGUGAGGCCGGACCACGUGGUGAGAUCGGACAGGAGGGUGAAAAAGGAGCAAAAGGUGCAAGAGGAACCAGAGGCCCUCCAGGUCCACUGGGAGCGAUGGGUCCUGAAGGGGAACCAGGAAUGACAGGAUACACAGGUCAUACAGGCAAGUCAGGACCCCUGGGACCACCUGGCCCAAAAGGUGAAAAGGGUUACACAGGAGAAGAUAACAAAACUCCAGGACCACCCGGGCCCUUAGGUGAACCAGGUCCUGCCGGCGAGCGAGGUGAGAGAGGAGAGCCAGGGGACGAGGGGUAUCAGGGUCACAUUGGCAUCACUGGACCACGAGGGGCUGUUGGACAGCAGGGACUACCUGGAAUACCAGGGGACCCUGGAGAACAGGGACCAAGCGGAGAAAAGGGAACUCAGGGACUAACAGGAAAGAAAGGUGCUAAGGGGCCACCCGGCAAGCCCGGCAAUGAAGGGACCCCAGGUUUACCUGGACCAAGAGGUAUUGAGGGGUACCCUGGCCAGGAGGGUCCUCCAGGUCCUCAUGGAUUAUCAGGAUUACCUGGAAAAUCUGGACGUGUGGGUCACCGAGGCACUGCAGGACAAGAAGGGCGCGCUGGGCUUCCAGGUGCCCGGGGGAACCUUGGACUUCCUGGAAUGAUUGGAGAAAUGGGACUACGGGGACAAAAGGGUGACCCGGGCCUGCCAGGGGAGAAGGGGCCCGCAGGAAGAAAAGGGCUCGAGGGGACACAGGGAGACCAGGGCAGAAAAGGAGAAACAGGCAACAAGGGAGCACUGGGCGAAGCAGGGAACCAAGGAAUGCUUGGCUUCCAAGGAUUUCCAGGCCCAAAGGGUCCACAUGGGAACAUAGGCAUGCCUGGGAUACCUGGUCCUAAAGGUCCUGUUGGGAGUAUGGGAUUCACUGGUCCUGUUGGUCCGGCUGGGAUGAUUGGUCCAAUGGGAAGACCUGGGCCCAGAGGCCCAGUCGGAAGCAGUGGGGAAAUGGGACCCCAAGGCCCCCAAGGGAAUCCAGGACCUCCAGGUCAUCCAGGCGCUCAAGGUCCCUUGAGACGAGUGAGCAUUAAUGCAGCUAUUCAGGCCUUGAUUGAGUCCAAUGCUGCACUGCGGGUGGAGAACUACCAGAACGCAGAGAUGGGCAUGUCUGACCAGAAUGCAGAGAUAUUACAAACUCUGCGCUACCUGAGCAAUGUGAUUGAGAGCUUCAAAAAACCCAUGGGCACCCGAGAUAACCCGGCGCGUUUCUGUAAAGACCUGCUGGACUGUCAGCAGAAGCUGCCAGAUGGAGUGUUUUGGAUAGAUCCCAAUCUUGGGUGUGCAUCUGAUGCCUUUAAGGUCUUCUGCAACUUCACUGCGGGGGGCCAAACAUGCAUCUACCCAGCUGCAACCGACAAGAUGGAGUUUGGCAUCGGAAAAGUCCAGAUGAAAUUUCUUCACUUGCUGAGCACCGAGGCCAUACAUACCAUUACAGUUCACUGUCUAAACGCUCCCGUUUUGAAUGCCACGAAUGCAAGACGCCAGAAGAAAUCCAUUCGCUUCAAGGGGUGGAAUGGACAGAUGUUUGAGAUGGACACAUUACUUGAACCACAUGUACUACUAGAUGAGUGCAAGAUUCAAGAUGGCAGCUGGCAUCAGUCGCGCUUCUUCUUUCAAACUCAGGACAGUCAUCAGCUCCCCAUCGUGGACUUUCAGGAGCCAUUUGACCUCAGGCAGGGCCAGAAGCUCCGCCUGGAAGUGGGGCCCGUCUGCUUUGUGUGAAGCCGCCCUGCUCCCCCACAAGCCUUAAAAGCCAACAACAAUCAGCCAAAUGAAAUGCUCCUGAAAGAGAGAACACCUUUUAAUAAAGCAUUUUGUCUUUUUGUAUCCCUUAUUAAGGGGAGAAUUUUACUGAGCAUGUCCAUGAGCAGUACCCUCCUAAGACAAGUAAAGGACUUCUCCGGAAGAACACAGUCUGUAGGGGAUAAAGCCAGCUCAAUGAAGUACAGGACAACAGUAUAUCAAUAUGUAUAAAAAGCAUAUCCUUCUGUAAUCAAAAUGGUGCUUGGGGGUCAUUGCGUUCUGGAAAGAGUGCUCAAUGAACCGCACAAGGACCCUCCACAGCCCACAGGCUCCCACACAAUAGCACUGUCUAUACAAAUGUUACUAAAAGUGCAAUAGCUUGUGGAUUCUGUGUGAUAGAAUUAUUGCAUUUCAAUCAAAAGGUUUUUGAUAUGUUUUUUUUUCAACCUGUUGUCCACUCUGGACAUGUACAUCUUAUCAGAUGGUGCUCUACCUCCUAUAUGUUUUGCCUUCAAGUAUAUUAAAGGUACUUGUGUUUAAGAAUUUAUUUCACGUUGUAUGUACUGGUUACAUCAAGAUAUGUUCUGUUGUAAGAGUACUUAUUUGAAUUUGGUCAAUUAUUUCAUUACAGACUAUUUAUAUGACUGUUAUGUUAACAUUUAUAUGUUGCAUCUUUUGGAUUUGUUUCAUUUGAUGUUGGAGGUGCCUACCAAUGGCAACUCUUCAGUGGUGCUGCAAUAGAUUAGAAGAGUUCAACAGUGAGUUUGCCAUUUUUCCUGUGUAUAUUUUGACAUUAUAUGGUUAAUUAUUUAUAUCAUUUUUGCUCAAAUUACUGUACCCCAAAUAAAUUAUGCCAUUUCUCAGAGAUUUAUCUGCUCAACUACCAUUUUCUAAGUAAUUUUAUUUAUGUAUAAUGUGUAUUUGUAUGUACACACAGAUAUGUGACUGCAUGUACAUUGCAUAUAUACACAUUCACUCAUUAUUUUCAAUGUUUGUUAGUAAUAAACAAACUGGCAGCUAACAGGCCAGAACAUGAAAAUACCACACACAAUAAUUAUUAUGUUUUAAGUUAUGUUACAUGGAAUGUGUGUAAUAAUAUAGGUGCUUGAGGAUAAAAUAAAACAAAUGUAAAUAUAAAAUAUGUUGAAAUAAA